GCAGAACUCCCUGCACAUGCAUCGCCUUGCGUAGUUGAUUUUCAUGACUGCACUGACUCUGACUUUGGACAAGCAGGAUUAAAAUUUGCCGUAAGGAGGGGCUACAUGCACUUUGGCUGUAUUCAGUUUGACGCGUAACACGGAAUCACUUGGAACCACCCUUAGACCAUAUGUACAUAUGGCUUCAGAUAGUUUGCCUGAAGCCAAGACGAGUCAUCUACAUGACGUCACAGUGAAUUUGAGCUGGCGCGCGUAACUCCAUCAUUUUACUGCGCAUCUAAUCCGCAGUGGAUCCUGUCUUAACAGUGAAUCGUCAGCCAAUCAGAGCACAGAAAAUUUCUACACAACCCUCGCUAGCGAAUCAAGCUGCGGACUGGAAGUGUACAGGAGUAGGACUCGUUAUUGUAUCUUUCAGAGUACUUUCGUGGAUAAUGGCGUUCAAAGAGAGCUCCUAUUUUAACUGAUAAUUGUCAGUUGAUUGGUGACUGAUGUACGUAUUCUGAUCGUCAGUAUAUACAUACCCGCUUUCGUAAUUUGUAUGUUGGUAGUCUCGUGUUUAUAUGUGAUAAGGAAAUUACUUAUAUUUCACAUCAUAGUGACGUGUAUAUACGCGCAUCGUACACGUGUUCACUUACGAAGGAAAUUCAGACGUUCGAUUAGAACACCGUUACUUUCUAAGUCGAUUAAGUAUUCCUUAUCCUUCUUAACAGGAUACAAUAUGAACAGUUUAAUCGUGCUGUGUCCCGUUAUAUUUGUGUUUACCAUCGUUGCCAGUAUAGAAAUCGACACUAAUUAUUUAAAAUGCUUAGUUUGUAGAUCCACCAUAAAAGAAAUUGAAGGGGAAUUAGGAAAAAUAGACCCUUCGAGAGAAAUUGAGAUAGGCAAUUACAGGCUAGAUGCAGAGGGAAAUGUUGUUCACAAAAAGGUACCUCUUGCUCAAUCCGAAGUACAUAUAUCUGAUGUGCUGGACAAUAUUUGUGAGAAAAUGUCCGACUAUGUAAGAGCAACUUAUAAAUCCAAUGGUGAAUUGACAAUUUUGAAUCUUAUGGGCCCAUCUGGUGGUAUGAACCCAGAAAUGACAAAGGUCGAUAUUAUUCAAGAUGAUGAUAUAAAUAGAAGUUUAAAAUACUAUUGUGAAGGUAUAGUGGAGGAGUUCGAAGAUUCCAUAAUCUCAUUGUUUGUUCGUAAGGCAGAUAAUAUCAAAUAUCAAAUGUGCACAAAUGUUGCAAAGUUGUGUAAUCCGACAGACUUUGCUCAUGAAGCUGAUGAAAGUGAUGAGGAUAGCUUGGAUGAAGAACACAAUGAAUUAUAAUAUACAUAUACGAUAGAUACAUUUGUGUCAAUAUAUUUUUGAUAUUCAAAAGGCAACGAAUUUUUGUUGUUUUACCGUUGUAAUUUAUUUCAAGGAAAAGUACAAAAGUACAUUAUAUGAUAUACGAUACAAUAUAUAAUACUGUACAAGUA